GAACAAGAGAGUGUGUGUGUGUGUGUGUGUGUAUGUAUGCGUGUCUCUGUCUUACACACACAGAGGCAGCCAAGAUGAGCGUGUGAAGCGGCGAGAUCAAAAACCUGGAAAGAAAAGCAAAGGCGAUCAGAAAAGAGGGGGGAGGAGGAGGAGGAGGAGGAGGAGGAGACGAACAGAGCAAGAAAAGGGCAGAGCAGAGUAGAAGAAAGAGAGCAGUAGAGGGAGAUAAAGUAUUUUGUGAAUGUACUAUAUUUAACGGUCCUGGUGCCAAAGCCAAAAAGAUGUAAUGACUGGAUGAACAGCCAGCACACACACACACACACACACACCAGCAUCCUGUCCUGGAGCCGUGACAGGAGGGGACAAGAAGAAAGACACACACACUACUCAAGAGGCAAAAAAAAGGCUCUCUGCAAGCGGGUCCCUCGUCGUCAUGUCGUCUACCGGGUCUACCAACCACAACAAGCGUCUGGCGUCGGAGACAGACAACUCCCAGCGAGUGUUGGACAACAAUUCGGCCCAGCACCUGAAGCUCAGGGAGAGACACCGCUUCUUUGAGGACGUCUACCAGCACGACUUUGACAACUACCUGCCGUCUGCUCACCUGCAGGUCACCUGCAGGAAACCCCCGAUGGGCAGCAUCUCUUCUAUGGAGGUGAAUGUGGACGCGCUGGAGCAGAUGGACCUGAUGGACAUGUCUGACCAGGAGGCCCUCGACGUGUUCCUCAACUCGGGCUCAGGAGUGGACGAGGGAGCUCUGGCAUUGCCACUCGCAGGUGAGGGAGAAGAGGAGGAGGAGGAGGAGGAAGCUGCGGAGGUCGUGUUCAGGGAGCGCGCGCCUCUGAAACGUCAGGAAGAAGUUCAACGCGCCUCGAAGCCCCGCAUGGCCUCGACGUCCUCCGGUUCCACCGACACCAGCGUGGGGGGGGUCGACACGCCGCUGAUCCAGUCGGACGACGAGGAGGUCCACGCCGACACGCUGCUGCUGACCUCCGUUCCCCACACCAGGAACGAAGAGACGGACGAAGAGGAUGAGGAGGAAACUUAACUGAAUCUCCAUAAAGACUGAAUUUUACAGUAAUUUUUCCGUAAAAAGAGUCUCUUCCUUUCGAUCCUUUCCUUUGAGGGGAAAACCUUAGCAUGGUUGACCUUGUUGUGAUUCGCUUCUGGGUACUAAAAAUACAGGUUUUCUUCUUCAUUAAACUCACAACAAAUAACACCAGUCAUCCCAUUGGCAUGCAGUGACGUGUUCCGGCUAAGAGGGAAGAGAAAUGUCCCGGUCCUUUCUCAGACAUUUUGGUUUUCAUUUCCCUGAAAGCGAGUGUGCCGAACAGUCGUGUGAAAUGCAACCAUUUGGGUAAAACACAAGUUAAGUAAAGUCCCAUUCGGUGAGGAAACACGACUGAAGAAAGAGAAUUCAGGCAAAGUCCGCAGAACCCAACAAACAUCUAUUUCCAUGUGUAUGAGCAGUGUGUGUGUGCAUGCCUCUGUGUGGUUGCUGCAUUACACGUUAUCAAUCAUCUCGGUUCAGAGGGUUGCAUCGCUCUAAGUACCGAGUUACUCGCCCUGAAAGUCGGAAUGAUGGAAAUGUUUGACCUGGGUGUUGUGCGACGGUGGAAUUUCUUGUGUGCAGGUCGAGGGUGUGGAGGUUUAAGUUUUACAGGUGUACAAAAAACAGUUGGUCCCCUGGCCCGUGGGCAAUCGUUUCAAACAGCCUUGUAGUGUUAAAAGGUGUAUACGUCUCGUCCCAACUUGACAUGAAUGCAAUAAAAACAAAACCGUUCAAAGGCCAAGUUGUCACAAUGGAGAGUAAAAAAACACAAAGGAAUGCUAAAAAUGUUUGUGUCACUUAAUUUAUUACCUCAGUAAACACCGUGAAGGUGAGUUUAAGGUCUCGAUGGUCACGAGUCUUCAACAUGUUUACUCUAACGUGGUUCCGGCUUUCUUUUCUUUACUUCAUCUAUGGACCAACAGAAAGACUUUCACCCUGUGGCCGAGGACGCCCUAUUUGAUGAAAUAAGCCCUGAAUCCGUAAAUGAUUGGUAUUAGGCUACCAUGAACCCAAAUGUCCUUUACCUUAAACAUACAUGUCUUUUCUUUAAUUGACUGUCAGACACCGUAUUAAAACCAUUUGCCCCAGUUUUAAUGUGAGGGCAUGACAACAUAAAAUAACUCUGAUUAUCUGGUAUCUAUUAGUGGAAGCACUUACUUGAAAGGAAAAUUGCAUUUAGAAUUAAUCCCAGUGUCACGCAACCAACAAGCUGAGCAGGUUUGAGUUUGUUUAAGAGUCAAUCCCUUUAUGUACACAAAACACUAAAACACCUACGAUAUUCAAAUCUGCAUUAAACACAGAGUCUCUGACGAGG